AUGCCGGGGACUCUUGCUGGCCGUCUCAAAGAGAAUGGAACACCUUCAACAGCAGUCUAUCUGAAAAUCUCCGUCGCACAAUACCUUUCGCUGCGAGCUGUUAUUACGACUCUCCCUACUACGACCCUUCAACAUGUGAAGAAGUCGCGUCGGCCAGCCCGCACGAACGUUUAUGGUGCAGCAACAGGUCUGAAUUGGGAAGCAAAUGGAGAUAAAACAUGUGCUCUGAACAUUUUCCAAAACCCAUCUGUUCUUUCGGAUGAAUGUUAUCUCGGUCGACUAUCCUCGUUGUAUGUCGACGCCCAUAAGGCAGAACAUGUAAUCACUGCGAUUAAAUUUGCGAGAUUGCAUAAUCUCCGAGUGAGCAUCAAGAACACUGGGCAUGAUUACUUUGGACGUUCAACCAGCUCCCAGACUCUUGCAAUUUGGAUUCACAAUCUAAAGUCAAUGAGGUACUAUGCAAACUUCACUGCGCAUGACUGCUCCGCUGCAAAUGGGCAAAACAUUGGAGAGAUGGGAGCCGGUGCUCAGGCGGCAGACCUGUAUAAAUAUUUCCAGAAGUUUGAUAUGGAUGUAACCGGUGGCAACGAAGGAUCGGUUGGUCUGGCUGGAGGCUUCGGCCAAGGAGGUGGUCACGGCGUUUUUGGUCCUUCGUAUGGGCUCAUGGUCGACAAUGCAGUCGAGUUUGACAUUGUGACGGCAGAUGGUGAACUUCGAACGAUCAACAAAUGCCAGGACCCUGACCUCUUCUGGGCUAUGCGAGGCGGCGGAGGUGGUACAUUCGGCAUUUUGAUAAAUUAUCGCUUUCAACUGCAUCCGGCGGUGAAGAUCAAUGUGUAUUCGACCAAGACCACCUUUGUGUCUGAUAGUAAUCACGCUGUUACUAGCAACUACUCGGUCCUAAGAGGGAUUCUAACACAGCACGCAACCUAUCAGCUACUCUGGUCUCGAAAUAAUAUAUCAGGUCAUGUCUAUUACUGGCCGAACAGGGCGGAAAUCUACCUCGUCUUGCCUUCAAAUGACGAAACUGCGCUGAAGAGUCUCGCCAACAACUUUUCGUCUUUUUUAAUGAAUCAACAAGAUAUAAAUGUUACCGAAAGGACAUACACAACCUACAAUAGAUAUACAGACUAUCUGAACCUUACCGAGGCCAUCGCUGCUGUGGUAACACCAGGCGGGUAUUUUGGUACCUAUGCAAGUCGCUUGAUGUCCCGCUCGUUAUUCGAAAGUGAACACUCGGUGACCAAACUAGUCGAUGCGGUUCUCAAAGGAGUUCGUCUUGGCAAUAAUCUGAUCUCCAAAGAUUUUGCCGUCACUCAAGUCAUCAUGACUACUCCGGUAAAUCAUCAGAAUGGUAAUCAGACCAGUGUCAACCCGGCAUGGCGCCCAGCUCUUUGGCAUCUGCUCCUCACUGGCGGCUGGACGAAGAAAUUGAGCGACUCAACAAAGCAAACACUGAUCCAAAAAUGGCUGGAUACUGUCAAGCCAGUGAAAACGUUGACACCUGGUGGAGGUUGCUACUUGAACGAGGGGCAUUACUUGGAGCCGGAAUGGCAAGAGACCUUCUUUGGUUCAAAUUACCCUGAGUUGCUUCGCAUCAAGAAAAAGUAUGACCCAACUCACUUCUUUGACUGUUAUAAACGCGUUGGGUGGGAGCAAACGUCGGUCGGUGUGAAUUGCCUAACAGAAUUGCCCUCUUGGAAAACAUGA